UGAAAAAAAUAUACCUGUUUAAAUAUUUUAGCUUCCAAAUAAAUGUAUUUGCCGCACUGCUGCUUUAAAUCAGUGACCACCUGCUCUUCUGGCGUCAGCAUCAACCGCAGGCGGUACGAUGGCGAUCGAUACGGCAGUAAAAUGUUCAAAGUGGGAUAUUUUGAGAAAAACAGGAAGAGAAACGCGAUCAUCGAGCUGACUGGCUCGACAAGAGCAUGACACCUGAUAUCAAAUGUAACGUUAAGCUAGCCAGACAAUCCACCUGGGAGGACCACAUCUCAGCCCUGAAUGCCAAAAUGACCUAAACACACCCUAACAUUGUCCCACCACCAGAAGCAGGAGGCGAAAACAGAUGUGUCCUUUGUGUGUGUGUCCACAGGAUGCCUCUCUGUUUUAUCAAGGUUGCAUCAGAGCCUGAGCUCCAAGAAUAAGCUUCUGCUAAGUCGAAGGAAGGCAGGCUGUACCAUGGGUGUGUACUAUACUUGUGUGUAAAUGUGUGUAUUCUAUUCAUGUGUGAAGCAUUACACGUACUACGUGCAUUGGAGGGUUGGUAGUGUGUAUGUUUCAACAUGCACCCAUGUAGUUCUGUAAAGAUGUUAAUCAUCAAGCCUAUUCAAGCCAGUGAGAAGCACAUGUCAAAUCCCUGUGACUGUAUCUCAAUGUGGUGUGUCUGUGGGUUGGUCCUAUUGCUCAUAUAAAUCCUCCUCUUGCUGUUUCAAAUUUACAACUAUCACUGAGUAAUAGGUCACAAGGCAGAAUAACUCAUAUGACUAUUAAAUAAGACACUCUUAAAAAGACAAACAGCACAUUAAUGUAAUGCACUAUUGACAUCCAUAAAAAUCAUGGAAACGCCCUCAGGAAUAAACUCUUAUGUACUGUAUGUUGACAGUUUGUUUACAUAUGUUUUUUUUAAAUGCAAUAUGUCGAUAUUCUUGCUAUCUCAGAUAUUGCCAUGGAAGACCAACUGCUGGAGGACAAAUUAAUGUGUACACCACAACCAUAAUCAACAUGUACCUUCUUUUGGACUAAUAUCCCUUGAUAAUAGCUGCUAUGGCUUUUUGUAAUGAAAGCCUGCUGGAGGAGUGUGGCUUCAUGGGGCCGGACAAUGUGGAGGAAGCAACAGAAAGUCUCCCGUCAGAAGCCACAACUCCCCUCACAUCAGUCACUCUGCGUGUAACCUUGGCAGCCAUAAUGAUUUUCAUGAUUACUAUUGGUUUCCUCGGCAAUGCGAUUGUGUGUCUGAUUGUUUACCAGAAACCGGCAAUGCGUUCUGCUAUCAAUCUCCUCCUCGCCACGUUGGCCUUUUCGGACAUUAUGCUCUCUCUGCUCUGCAUGCCCUUCACUGCAGUCACUGUGGCCACUGCCAACUGGAGCUUUGGAAGCGGGUUCUGCCGAGCGUCCAUCAUGCUUUACUGGCUGUUCGUCCUGGAGGGGGUAUCCAUCCUCCUCAUAAUAAGUGUGGACCGUUUCCUCAUAAUUGUGCAGCGGCAAGACAAGUUGACCCCAAAUAGAGCCAAACUGUUGAUCGCAGGUUCAUGGUUGCUAAGCCUGUGUAUGUCUCUGCCUUCUGUAGUUGGGUGGAGGACGGGUGCAGCAGGUAUUGGGGGUGGCUGGGCGCCGCAGUGUGUGCUGGGAUACAGUGAUUCUUUGGCAGACCGGGGAUACACAGUGCUUUUGGCAGUGGCAGUAUUCUUUGUACCUUUUGCUGUUAUGCUGUACUCUUACGUGUGCAUCCUCAACACAGUGCGCCGCAACACCCUGCGCAUCCACAACCACACCAGUGAGCAUUCCUGUUUGCCAGCCCUCAACCAAGUGAGCAAAAUGAGACUGACUGGGCUUCAGCGGCCCCCUCAGAUCAAAGUGGACAUGAGCUUCAAGACCAGAGCCUUCACUACCAUCCUCAUCCUCUUUGUCGGCUUCUCGGUGUGCUGGUUGCCACACACGGUUGUCAGCUUGCUGGCCGUGUUCAGCCGCCAGUUCUACUACAGUUCUGUCUUCUACCCAAUCAGCAUUGGCGCUCUGUGGCUCAGCUACCUGAAGACAGUCUUCAACCCUGUCAUCUACUGCUGGAGGAUUAAAAAGUUCAGGGAGGCCUGCCAGGAGUUCAUUCCCAAGAGCUGCAGACUGUGUCCCAGAGUACCGGGCAGGAGCCGGAGGAGAGUGAGGCCCAGCAACAUCUACGUGUGCAGCGAGACUCAGUCAGCUGUGUAAAACAAGGAGGACCAGUUGGUCGAUGCACAGCAGGUGUUGACAACUGAUUUUAACUCUGUACCUCAUAAAAGCAAUCAAAGGUGAAUAGUAAGUUAAUAUUAAGUUGAAAUAAGUUCACCUAAAGACUAUACUUGUCAUUAAAAAAUAAUCUCACCACAAGAAUGAACUUUCAGUGUUCAUUUGUGAUCCAACAUGGAUAAGAAGUCCUCAAAGUGCUCAGAGAAAUCAAAAUUAGAAUGUGGAUAAUUUUGUGACAACUGAAGAACUCCAUCUGCUCAGGAAGGUUGUGUGAAACAGCUACUGAAGGGAACUUGUGGUGAGAUUAUUGUGUCUGCUGCUUUCAGUCUACAGGUAUACUGGUGGAUAUAACUUUGUAGCCAUUAUGGUUUCUGAAAAUUAAUGAAAUCAAAACAAUUUCAUAUCCUCCACUGUCAAUUGGCUUCUCUGUUUCAUAAUUUGUCGCUGAAGUGUUACAUCAAUUUCAUUCUGUUUCUUCAGACUAUAGACUCAAUCUUUAGGCCUUGAGUAGUAGAUGUGCUAAUAAUUCUAUUGUCAGUUAUGUGAUAAAAAAAAAGCAUACAAGGUAUUUAUGUUUAGUGAUGUUCUUAGGGAAUAGUCCGUAAUCUUUUGACUGACGUCUUUGAAAAUAACUUAUUUUAAUGAGGUUUAUGCAGAAACACAACCUUUUGUGAGUUGAAACUGUUAAGUGUGUCAGCAAAAAAGUGUUUCAGUUGUGUGUCAGUUAUUGAUCUGGGAAUGUUUACUUUUGAUGAUAAAUGACACCGGGUAAAUAAAUACAGUUUGUACAAAAGGUUGUAUUGACAGACUGCUAAGUGCUUGGAUGAUAAACAGCAGCUUUUACAAUGUACAUAAUGGGAAUGGGUUGCUGGGAUACUGAAGAAGACAUCUAUUCACUGUGAGGAGAUGUGUAUCUACU